GGUUGUCGGGAUGGAGACCGACACCAACAUGGAGCUGUUAGUGGGGCGAGGGUGAAACUGCCGUUGCCGGCGGCUCCUGUUUCCCUGACCCAACAUGUUGCUGCACUUAUUUCGGGUCGGGAUUCGGAGCGGCCCUUUCCAGGGCAGACCGCUACUACCCUUCCGCUUCCAGGCAUUCUCGGUCGCCAGGUGCUCAGAUGGGUGCCACAGCUCCUCCCUUCUCAGGGCCCUGGCCCGGCUACGGUUCCAGCUCCAGGCCUACCUCCUUAGAACCCCAUCAGCGCCUAGCCGGAACCCCCCUACCUUGUGCUGGUUUGGGGGAGCCGUGCUGGGGUCUGUGGUGCUGAGUAAGCGUCCCCAGCUCUGCCUCGUGGCCCUGUGUGAAGCAGAAGAGGCCCCCCUUGUCCGCUGCGCACCCCCUGUUGGGGAGUCCCACUUCAACUGGAAGCUCUUCUGGCACUUUCUGCGCCCACACCUGCUGGUCCUUGGGGUGGCCAUCGUGUUGGCACUGGGUGCAGCAUUGGUGAACGUUCAGAUCCCCCUGCUCUUGGGCCAGCUGGUAGAGAUUGUGGCCAAGUACACAAGGGAGCAUGUGGGGAGCUUUAUGACGGAGUCUCGGAGUCUUGGCACCCAGCUGCUCAUCCUCUAUGGCAUCCAGGGACUGCUGACUUUCGGGUACCUGGUGCUGCUGUCCCACAUUGGGGAGCGUAUGGCUGUGGACAUGAGGAGGGCUCUCUUCAGCUCUCUGCUCCGACAAGACAUUGCUUUCUUCGAUGCUAAAAAGACAGGGCAGCUGGUGAGCCGGUUGACAACUGAUGUGCAGGAGUUUAAAUCAUCCUUCAAGCUCGUCAUCUCUCAGGGCCUGCGCAGCUGCACGCAGGUGGCCGGCUGCCUGGUGUCCCUGUCCAUGCUGUCCCCACGCCUCACACUGUUGCUCGCAGUGGCCACACCUGCCCUCAUGGGAGUGGGCACCCUGAUGGGGUCCAGGUUGCGAAAAUUGUCUCGCCAGUGUCAGGAGCAGAUCGCCAGAGCGACAGGUGUAGCAGAUGAGGCCCUGGGCAAUGUGCGGACCGUGCGGGCCUUCGCCAUGGAGCAGCGGGAGGAAGAACGCUACGGAGCAGAGCUGGACGCCUGCCGCCACAAGGCAGAAACACUGGGCAGGGGCAUCGCCUUGUUCCAGGGGCUUUCCAACAUUGCCUUCAACUGUAUGGUCCUGGGCACCCUAUUUAUUGGGGGAUCCCUGGUGGCUGGACAGCAGCUGACAGGAGGAGACCUCAUGUCCUUCCUGGUGGCCUCUCAGACAGUGCAGAGGUCCAUGGCCAACCUCUCUAUCCUGUUUGGUCAGGUGGUACGAGGGCUCAGUGCAGGCACCCGUGUCUUUGAGUACAUGGCCCUUCACCCCUGCAUCCCGUUGACUGGUGGCUGCUACAUCCCCAAGGAGCACCUGCAUGGCUCUGUCACAUUUGAGAAUGUCUGCUUCAGUUACCCCUGCCGCCCUGGCUUCCAAGUGCUCCAAGAUUUCACCCUGACACUUCCCCCUGGCAAGAUCGUGGCCCUCGUGGGCCAGUCCGGCGGAGGAAAGACCACUGUGGCUUCCCUGCUGGAGCGCUUCUACGACCCCACAGCCGGCACUGUGACACUGGAUGGGAGGGACCUGCGCACACUGGAUCCCUCCUGGCUGCGGGGCCAGGUUGUCGGCUUCAUCAGCCAGGAGCCAGUUCUGUUUGGAACAACUAUCAUGGAGAACAUCCGUUUUGGAAAGCUGGAUGCGUCCGACGAAGAGGUGUAUGCAGCUGCUCGGGAAGCCAACGCCCACGAGUUCAUUUGCAGCUUCCCUGAGGGCUACCACACCAUUGUGGGUGAGCGGGGUGCCACCCUGUCUGGUGGCCAGAAGCAGCGCCUGGCCAUCGCCCGGGCCCUCAUCAAGAAGCCCACAGUACUAAUCUUGGAUGAGGCCACCAGUGCGCUCGACGCAGAGUCUGAGCGUGUGGUGCAGGAGGCCUUGGACCGGGCCAGCGCAGGCCGCACUGUGCUGGUCAUCGCCCACCGGCUCAGCACUGUCCGCGCAGCCCACCGCAUUGUCGUCAUGGCCAAUGGCCAAGUCUGCGAGGCUGGGACCCACGAAGAACUUCUGAAGAAAGGUGGGCUGUACGCAGAGCUCAUCCGGAGACAGGCCUUAGAUGCCCCGGCAACGUCAGCCUCACCUCUGGGAGAGAGGCCCAAAGCCCCUCGGGGUCACCAGCGCCAGUCCUGAGUAUGGCUCCCUGGGGGACUUUCUAAGGGACUGAGGCUCAGGAUGCUGAGUGUGGCUGAUGCUGCUCCUGUGCUCACAACAAAGACUGGGCCAGCGGCUGGGCUUGCUCUCACACUCCCCUGACUCUGCCGCCAGGCUGCCUGGCUCCCACCAGACCAUCGAGCCUGCCACUGCCUUUGGACUGUGGAUGGACCAAGGCAGAAGUCCCCGGAUACCUUGUGUCCCUUUCUCUCCCUUGGUCCAGACCCUCCCUAAGCCUCAAUCCUAUAGCCAGUAGUUGUCCAACCCUCCAGUUCAGGGCAGUUGUAAAAUGUCCCAUCUGGUAAUGGGCCUGUGCGUGUACAUCAAGGCUCUAGCCAACCCCUGCUAGGACCUCACUUCCCUAGACUGCAGCUGACCCCCCCACUGCUGCAUUCCCCACUGCUGUUCUGGAACCUGGCAUAAGGCAUCUUCCCCUUGGCCCACCCUCCAGGCAGCCUCUCCUCCCUCUCCCUGCUCUCUGCCUCUAGUCCUGAGUUCUCAAUGUGUCCCCUUGUCCCUCUUCCCAUGAGAGGCCUGAUAGGGUUUAGCUGUUCCAUCAGGGCAGUGGGGUGUAUGGUGAUCCAUCCCCACAAGAAGCAGCUACCCUGCCAA